AUGGCUCCGCCCUCAAAACGACGAAGGCGGUCCAAUCUCAAGGGCGACGCACCAACAUGUUCAGAAAGCAACACCCACUCAAGGCCCUCACCCGACAUGCAACACGACAGGGAGCACGAGACUCACUCAGUAUCAGGUAGCGAUCACGAUGCAAUCAUCGAUCCCACUCUGCUUGAUGAAGAGGUGAUGCCAGAAACAGAACCACAUCCGGCCAACAAAGAGGGAACUGAGAAAGGCUACGUGCUAGGCUUGGGCGGCUAUAACUCUCUCAAGUCAUUCAACGGCCAAUAUUACUCCGGUAUGGCCGUGGGCGGAUCACACACCUGGAACUACGAAGACGGUGUUUGGCAUGAAGUCAAGGCGGAGCCAGACUUGUGGAAGAUAGACUAUACGACGAACAAAAAACGAGCUAGGAAGGCUCCUGAACGAAGUGGUGCGCCCGUAGGAACCGAGUACCAUUGGCUAAUAGUUGCGCACCAGCAUGUCCGAAAGAUUGAUGCGAAUACUUAUGAGACUCACCUUGAGGGAUCCAAAUAUAAACUCGCGCAUAAGGGCGCGACAUCAAAUACAUGGUCCAUCCCAACGGUCAAAGGGCAACGCGAGCGGGAGCUGGAACUACUGGAAGAUGCUAAACGGCGUGUUCAGGGGUUACCACCUGUAUCGGGCGCCGAGAAGGUUAAGGGUAAAUUGAUGGAGAAAGGCCAGCAGAAGAUUGAGAAGAUGUUCAGCAAGAAUGGUGCAAAUGAGAUGGGGAAGCGGAAGAGAAACUAG